GGCUCUUUUAAGAGCCCUAGCACAUAGCGACUUUGUCUUUUAGAUUUUUACAUCGUUUUCAAGUGCCUCCUCCAUUGAGUUUAUUUUCUUACCAUCUUUUACUUCAAGACUUAACAAUGAGUGCGGACAAAAUAGAACGUUCGAGGCAGUAUCUAAGAUCCUGGAGAGCAACUAAACGUGUUCUUCAAAAGAUAUCUACACAAAAUAACAACACUGAAUUGGACAGUCUGGAAGAGUCCUAAACAGUCACAGAAGGUCAAUGGGAUGCAGGUGAUACCUUAGGUUCCACGGAGAACACAAUGAACCUUUCAUCUCCAAUGUCCUCUGAAGCAUCCUGGCCUUCAGAAGAAACUGACUGGGAGGAUGACUUAGAGGAAGUCAUGGACAUUGCAGAAAAAAAAGAUGGUACAUCUGACCAGGAAGACAGCAUGGCAAGCUUAUCCCUGGCAACAGAACUGGCAUCCUGGGCUUCUCAGUUCGAAGUAAAGAACAAUGCUGUUGACCAUCUGUUGAAAAUUCUUCAGAAACAUGGCCACACUAAUCUUCCAUCCUCUGCUCAUACUCUGCUCAAAACACCUAGGAAAGUAACCACAAUGCAGAAAUGUGGCAUGGAGUAUUUGCAUUACCCACUGCGUCAACAGUUGCUGGACAAACUGUAUAAGUACCCUGUUGAAGAGAUCCUGGACCAUGACACAAUUAAUCUGUCAUUCAACAUUGAUGGCCUGCCAUUGUUCAAGAGCUCAAGUAAAGUUAUGUGGCCUGUGCUCUGUGCUGUCCAUCUCAAGCCCAUCAUCGUUUUUCCAGCAACGUUAACAUGCGGAAACAAGAAACCCACCGAUCUGACUUUCCUAGAUGAUGUUAUUGCAGACCUCAAUGAUCUGAUGUCUCAUGGCCUUCAGUAUAAGGAGAGAAAUUUCACUAUUAAUGUUCUCUGCAUUGUGUGUGAUGCUCCAGCAAAAGCCUUUACACGAGGCACAAAGCUGUGCUCUGGGUACUAUGGAUGUGAUAAAUGUGACCAGAAAGGUGAAUGGUUUAAUAAAGUAACAUUUCCAGCCACAGAAAACCUCACCUUGCGCACAGAUGAUUCAUUUAGGAGCCAAGUUCAGCCUGAGCAUCACAAUGCCAAUACUCCACUCAUCCAGCUGCCCACUGAUAUGGUCAAAAGCUUCCCAAUCGACUACAUGCAUCAGGCAUGCUUGGGGGUGAUGAAGAGGCUUCUUGUCAGUUGGACCCGUGGAGAAAGAAGAGUCAGGCUCUCCACCACCCAAAAACAAGUAGUCAGCUCUAGGUUGCUUCAGCUUAGGAGUCAAAUUCCUUCCAUUUUUGCUCGCACCCCUCGAGGCCUGGAUGAGCUGGAGAGAUGGAAGGCAACAGAAUUCGUCAAUUCUUGCUGUAUACAGGCAAGCUUGUGUUGA